ACUUUCAGUACUCUGUUUUAUUUAGCAGGGGAGAAUGGCGACCAAGCUACUGCUGUUGGCGUGUAUUUGGAUCGGCUGUGUAACCUUGGUAAAAGGACAAAUAGGAGCACCGACUGCAGGGCCGUUCAAUUUCGAUAUCACGACAGCUUUCGCGUCCGUUAUCGGUGCACUGGUGGCACAAAAUCAAAUUGACACCGACAUCAAUACACUCCAGUCCCCACCGACCAGGACCUCUACAUUAGCAAAUGAAGCCAACGGCUGUCCAGCCAACUGGCACUUGUACAAUGGCUUCUGUUAUGUAGUGACACCUUCGCCAAGGAAUUAUUUGACUACAAGGAAUACAUGCCUGACAAUGGGAGGAUAUCUAGCUAAUUUUGAAGAUGAAGCUGAAUUUAACAAUUUGAGGGACACCGUCUUACAAAGCAGGAAUGCCAUCCCAACCUUCGUUGGCUUCAACGAUCACAUUCAGGAGGGGAACUUCGUCAACGAUAUCGUCAAUGAUACACCCAAUUAUCUACCUUUCAUCGAUGGAGAUGGUAACGUUUUUGGUCCUGGUCCGGGUGACUGUGGGGUCGCGCGGGGUAACUUCGUUACUACCUUUCCCUGUGUACAGAGUGCUAGUGGUCUCUGCAAACGAAGACAGAACAGUGUACUAACAUACUCUGGUUUGUAGAGGAGAAACGAUUAGUCCAUUUGAUCACAUUGUAUGAAAAACGUGAUAUUAAAUAUUGCAGUAAUACUU